AUGCGACUUACCACCUUCCUAUUCACCCUCAUCCAUCUCUUAGCGCUCACCUCCGCAGCAAUGACAGGCAACUUCAUGAGCAUGGGGUCUGUAUACAACACUACGCAGACAACCAUCCAACGCCUCCAGCAGCUAGCAGGGCAUCUCGUUCCCAAUACAUCGAGUCUGAAUCUAACGGGUUUAAAUUUGACGAAUCUGAACCUGGAUCUGAAUCUGAAUUUGACUCAACUCACCAACCGGACCGGUCCCGUCGUGGAUGCUGCGAAGCCGCACAUCGCCCGAGCGGGGAAUGCUACGAAAGACUAUGUUGUGAAACAUCCCUACCAGACAAUAUUUAGCAUCGUGGGGGUUUUCUACCCGGCAUGGUUGCUUAGGCUGGUGGGGUAUGGGCCGUUGGGGCCGUGUGCGAUUGCUCUACUGGAUUCUGUGCACGGAGUUACUACUACUUACUUAACCCACUUUACUGACCCCAUCACUUGGUACUUGCUUAUAGGGUCAUUGGCAGCAUGGAGCCAAACCUACUGGGGCAAUCCUGUCGCACGAAGUCUCCGGGCGUGUUUGCAAAGCGCGGCGAUGAAUGGGUAUGCGGCGGCUCCGGUGCUAAACACCGUGCGCGGGGUGAUACUGUCAACUGGGGGUUAUAUGGCAUGGAAGGAUGGGUUUGGUGGGAAGGGAGAACAAGAAGAAGAAGGAAAAGAAGAAAAAUCGCGGUGA